GUGGCUUCGUGUCAACAUUGUUCAGGCCUUUGUGCUCCGUACCAACAGGGAGAUUUACUGGUUUGCGCAAAUAUUCCAUGGCGAUUGAUUAUUGGGAAUCCUUGAACUGCUAUUAAUCAUUCUUCACAUUUGCUCGAUAAAAUACUUGCCAACUCCGAUCAACCCAUACCGUACUUUGCUCAAGUCAAUAAACCUCCAUCAUGAAUCCCUUCAGGCUACUGGCCGAUUUUUCGCACCUUGCGUCCAUCUUUAUUCUUCUACAUAAGAUGAAGUCAUCUAGCAGCUGUUCUGGACUGUCAUUCAAAUCACAGGCUCUGUAUUUGAUGGUGUUUGUGACACGGUAUCUUGAUCUCUUCUGGUCCUUUUCCGACUCCCUAUACAAUACGACUUUCAAAAUCACCUUCAUUGGCUCAUCAGCUUAUAUUAUCUACCUCAUGCUCAAUGACUAUAAACCAACGCAUGAUCCCAAUGUCGACACCUUCAAAGUCCAAUAUCUCCUCGGGCUCAGUGCCUUGCUAGCUCUUUUCUUUCCUCACGACUAUAGCAUUUCAGAAAUUCUCUGGACAUUCUCGAUUUGGCUCGAAUCUGUCGCUAUCCUCCCUCAGCUCUUCAUGCUUCAACGUACUGGUGAGGCGGACACUAUCACGACGCACUAUCUCUUUGCAUUAGGUCUAUACCGAGCCCUCUACAUACCAAAUUGGAUCUAUCGCUACUUUACGGAAGGCUACUUUCAGCCUGUUCCCGUCUUAGCAGGCAUUGUUCAAACACUCUUAUAUUCGGAUUUCUUCUAUAUUUAUUAUACCAAGGUUAUGAAAGGAAAGAAGUUUUCGCUUCCAGUUUGAUCAAUAUUAUAAAAGCAGAUUUCUUCAGUUACAUACAGGAUUUGGAGGUAGUGGUUGCAAACGAUGAGAAAACCUUUUGUGACCUUAUCAUGGCUAUAUCGUGUAUUCCAGAACACUUUAAAAAUGUCGUAUCUGUUUAACUAUGGAUAGAUUUUGCUUGUACAUUCGGGGCGUCGCACACCUCCAGCCGUCUAAAUCAUUCUGUCUGGAGAUGCCGAUCAAGCAAUGUGUUUGUUGCAUUUGAGAACGUGGUCAGGGAUUGUAUUCAAAGGGUAUCUUUGAUGCACUCUUGAUCUGGCACCUCAGUUGGCUAGCAUAAGGUAUCAGGCGAGCUAAGUACCUUACGCAUAAGAUAACCCUAUUAUCAGUUUUACUAGGUUGCCGUGACUUGAUAUAAAA